AUAUACUACCUCAUGCACGCAUAUAAUUAAGUGGUAUUGUUUAUAUUUACAGCACUGAAAUUCAGCAAACAUUUGCCAUCCAAUUGAGAGACACAAUGAUUGUAGCGAGGCUAAGUCAUUCAAACUCAACAUUUUAACUAUUAGCUAACCAGCUAGCUAUCGUUAGCCUAAUGUGGAUUGGAAAUGCGAGAGCGGGAUUUUGUUCAUUGAGCUAGGCCUUGUGCUAGUUAGCUUGGAUGGCUAUCUAGAAAACAGGCUUGGAUAUGCUAACGUUAUUCUGUUGAAUCUACCGAUUAGACUCUGAUUUGAACUGUAUAAGCUCUCCAUAUUUAAUAUCUCCCCACGGGUAACGUGCAGCAGGACACCCCAACGGAGAGCAGGUGCUAGAGCGUAUCUCUUGACUGUACUAUAUUUCCAAAACCAAUGGCAGAACUAUUUGGGUUCAAACCUCCUUAAGGAGGGCAGUGCACCACUCUGGAGUUCAUAUGAGCAAAGGGCGGCCAGGCUCUGACAAUGGAGAAUGGACAGGGCACCGGCUCAAAACUUGGCCUGCCGCCUCUCACGCCCGAGCAACAGGAGGCGCUGCAGAAGGCGAAGAAGUAUGCCAUGGAGCAGAGCAUCAAGAGUGUCCUGGUUAAACAGACCCUCGCCCAACAGCAACAACAGAUAAACAACAUACAGAUGGCCUCGUUGUCAAUGGGCUUUGGAGAUCCUCUCUCACCAUUGCAAUCGGUGGCAGCACAGCGGCAACGAGCCCUGGCCAUCAUGUGCCGCGUCUACGUGGGCUCCAUCUACUACGAGUUGGGCGAGGACACCGUCCGGCAGGCCUUCGCUCCCUUUGGUCCCAUUAAGAGCAUAGACAUGUCCUGGGAUUCUGUUACUAUGAAGCAUAAGGGUUUUGCAUUUGUGGAGUAUGAAAUGCCAGAGGCUGCUCAGUUAGCGCUAGAGCAAAUGAACUCGGUCAUGCUUGGUGGGAGGAACAUUAAAGUUGGAAGACCAAGCAAUAUUGGUCAGGCCCAACCAAUCAUCGACCAGUUAGCAGAAGAAGCGCGGGCUUUCAACAGAAUUUACAUUGCCUCAGUCCACCCGGAUUUGUCAGAUGAUGACAUUAAAAGCGUCUUUGAGGCCUUUGGAAGGAUCAAAUCCUGUACAUUAGCACGAGACCCCACUACAGGGAAACAUAAAGGCUAUGGAUUCAUAGAGUACGACAAGCCGCAAUCGUCGCUGGACGCCGUGUCGUCCAUGAACCUCUUUGACCUAGGGGGCCAGUACCUCCGCGUGGGCAAGGCUGUGACGCCGCCCAUGCCCCUCCUCACGAACACCACGCCUGGCGGCCUGCCCCCAGCAGCCGCAGUGGCAGCUGCUGCUGCCACCGCCAAAAUCACUGCCCAGAUGGCAUGGAAUCUGUCCCAGCCGGAGAAUCGGACAGAAGACUUCCUACACUGUCUGGAAGCAGUGGCGGGCGCUCAGAUCCUGGGGGCAAUGACAGGCGCGGCAACAGGCCUGCAACUGCCUCAAGCAGUCAUGGCAGCGCAAGCUCCAGGAGUCAUCACAGGGGUGACUCCAGCGCGGCCAGCCAUGCCCGUCCUGCCCCAGGUGGGGUUGGUCAACCCAGUGCUGUCCUCGCCACCGGCUAUGGCCACGGCGGUUGCAGCGGCAGCAGCUGUAGCUGCAGCCCAUGAAGCCAAGACGGAAGAAGAGGAGGCAUCCCUGGACGGUACGGGCCAGGAGAUGCUGAGCGAGCAGGAGCAUAUGAGCAUCUCUGGCAGCAGUGCCCGGCACAUGGUCAUGCAGAAGCUACUCCGGAAACAAGAGUCCACUGUCAUGGUCCUAAGGAACAUGGUGGGUCCAGAAGACAUCGACGACGAGCUUGAGGGUGAAGUCACAGAAGAAUGCGGCAAGUUUGGCGGCGUGAACAGAGUCAUCAUCUACCAGGAGAAGCAGGGCGAGGAGGAGGACGCCGAGGUCAUAGUCAAGAUUUUUGUGGAGUUCUCUGCGGCAGCGGAGAUGAACAAGGCCAUUCAGGCACUCAACAACCGCUGGUUUGGAGGCCGCAAGGUCGUUGCGGAGGUCUAUGACCAAGAACGUUUUGACAACAGUGAUCUCUCGGCAUAGACACUGCAAUCCUGCCCCUCCUCCCACAAACCUUUCCCCUCUUCUGCUAUCAAACACAGCUGCCAAGCACUGCUCCCUCAGUGGUGCGGGCCCCACUUUUUAACUUGUAAUUAUUUUUUAUCAAUGUUCAUAUUAAUAUUAUUAAUGAUCCCUUUUAGGGACAAAGGCAAGUAAUGGAGAUGCUCAUGGAUUCUUUUUUUUUUUUUUAUUACUGUUGCCUACUGUGAAGGACUGGAUAUUUGUUUUUGUAUUGGUUUGUUUUUCUUUUUGUUUCCUUUUUUUUGCUCCCCCCUAAUUAUAGUUUAAAUUCGGUUACAUUGUUUCUUUUUAUGAUCUGAAAGACUCCAGAGGACUCUUAUCUUGUUAUAUAGCUCUGUUUCAGAUGCCCAGGAACAAUAAAUUCUCAAAGUCUGAA